GGCUUCCAUUUCUGGCGCUAAAAAGAUAAACAAAACAAAUUCGCUGAUGUUUCAUUAAAAUUUCCUAAAAUAAAACUAAAAAUUAAUUCAUUUCUUUAAAAUGUCAACGAUUAAUCGAUUAUCUAUCUGUGGCAUUCGUUCCUUUGGAAUUGAAAAAGAGGAUGAACAGAAAAUAAAUUUUACCUCUCCAUUAACGUUAAUUGUUGGAGAAAAUGGUUGUGGUAAGACUACAAUAAUUGAAUGCCUUAAAUAUGGAAUAACUGGUGAAGCACCAACUGGUUCGGACAAAGGCAAAACUUUUGUACACGAUCCGAAAGUGUUUUCAACUCCGUCAUCUUUAGGACGAAUUAAACUUGUGGUGACAGAUGCAAUGGGAAAUACAAAGCUGUGCACAAGAUCAAUGAAAAUGGAUAUUCAAAAAAAUGGCAAGCCCAAAUUUGAGACACUCGAUUGCACCAUCAGCACAACAAAUAUUUUGUCUGGAAAACCUGAAGAAUCAAGAAAAAGAGUCCAUGAAACUAAUGAAGAAAUGUGUGCCUUUAUGGGAGUUUCAAAAGCAAUUUUAAAUAACGUAAUAUUUUGCCAUCAAGAAGAUUCAUGUUGGCCAUUGGAUGAGGGUAAGAAAUUGAAGGAGAAAUUUGAUGCCAUUUUUGGAACAACUGAAUACAACAAAGCCAUCGAUAAACUCAUGAAAUAUAAAAAAGAAUACGAUGAAAAAUUCAAAACAUGCGCGAUUGAAAAAAGACAUUUAGAGGGUAUCAAGAAAGAUGCAGAUCGUAAAUUGUUAGAACUUGAUAUCCUCAAUCAUAAACAUCGGGAAACUGAAGCAGAAGCUGAUAAACUAAAAGCACAAAUAGAGCCAUUAGAAGGGGAAAUCGAAAAACUUUUGAUGAAACAUAAACAAAUUGGAAAAUUAAGUGGCAAGCAAACUGUUUUCAAAUGCCAAAUUGCAUCUAAAAAAUCUGAUAUCGCAAAGUAUCAAAAACUUAUAAAAAAUCCUAUGAAUGGCAACAUUGAGGAAUUGGAGAUUCAAUUGGAGAAUUACUCAAAGACUUUAGAUGACAAUGAACAACGACUCGAAUCACUUAACAACGAGAAGAAUCGUUUGGUGAAUGGAGACAGAAAGAAACAAGAAUUGUUCACAAAAAUUAGUUCAACUUCUGAUAAUUUAGCUGAUGAAAUAAGUAAGAAACAAUCACUUAUUGAUCAACGUUUCGAUGCCACAAAAGAACUUUCAAGUAAACUUGGAAUUUCUUUUUCUGACAGCGAUGAUCGAACUCUGUCAGAGGAUGAAAAUAUCUUGAGUUCGUUGUUGGAACAGAUUCGACAAGGCAUCGCUAAUAAAGGAGAAGAGAUUAAAGUUCUAAGCACUCAACAGGAUGACAAAGAAAACGAAUAUCAAAAGAAAAUCGAUAAAGUUCGUGAGGAUAAAGUUGCCAUCGAGACAAAUAUUGCAACUCAAAAACAAAGGAAACUCAAAAUUACAAAAGAUUACAACGAUAUGAAACGCGAAAUAACUUCUAUUGAAUCUUCACUGCCUGGACUUGAUGAAAUGAUUCAACAAAUAAAAUCAACAGAAGUCGAACUUGGACUUUUUCCAACAGAGAGUAUCGAAAAAGAUUUCAAGAAGAAAGUUCAGAUUUUUAACGACAAAAUUGAUAAAGAACUGAAACAAAUCGUUGUUGAAAUUGAUGAAGCUAAUAAGAAGAUAUCUUUAAAGAAGUCAAAGCGUGAUCAUUUACAAAAUGUCAUUGAAGAAAAGGAAGAAAAAUUGAAAGCAAUGAAGAAGCGAAUUAAUAAAUUAUGUGACGGUUUGAACUUCUCAGAUGUGUUUGCCAAACAAAAGGAAAAGAAAGAAAAGCUAAGUAUGGAUUUGGCUUAUUUAAAAUCUUCGGAAAAUACAUUCAAACACUACAUUAGUGACAUCGAGCAAGAUCCUUGCUGUCCACUUUGUCACAAAGAUCUAGACCAACGUGAAAGUGUCGACUUGAAAGAUGAAAUCAGCGAGAAAAUUCGUCAACUUCCAAGUCGCAUUGCAGACACUGAAAGAAAACUAAAAUCUGAAUCGAAAAAGUUUGAUGAGUUAAAUGAAGUUAAAUCGAUUCAUGAGAACAUUGAACAGGAUGAAAAUGAAAUUAAAAAGCUGAAUGAUGAUUUGGAGAAACUCGACGAAGAUUACAGAAAUUUGUUGGAGGAUUUAGAAGGAUAUGAAAUUCAAGUUGCUGAACCACAAUUGAAGCAAAAAUUGAUCACUCCGCUACAAAUAAACGCUUCUCAUUCAAAGCUAAAUGGACUACAGCUAAAACUGAAUAAUUUAGUCAGUCAAAAGAUGAUGCAGCAAGGUUUAGAUCAGAAAAAGAAAACUCUCGAUGAGAAGAAAAACGAAAUCGCUGAACUUGAUCGUAAAAUUUUAUUAGAUGAGAAAAAGUUGCAACCAUUGGAAAAGGAACUUCGUGAAAUUAUAAAUGCAAAGGAAAAUAUAAAGAAAACAGCGAAGGAAAAUAUUUCUCGCCUUCAAAAAGCAUUAGAGAGAAUAAAAAUUAAUCAAGCCGAUCUUGAAAGAAUGAAUAAGGAAAUUGAAAAUUAUGAAAAUGCUCGUUUGGAGCAGAAAUACAAAGAAGCGCAAGAGAAGAAAAUUGAAAUUAAAAAAGCAUUGAAAGAUCUUCAAGAUGAUAUCAAAUCAAAGUCGUCAGAUAUAAAAAGAUUGGAAACUGAAUUAACAAAUCAAUCCGAAAAUAAAAGAAUUUUACAAGACAACAUAGAACUUCGUCGGAGUGAGAAAGAAUUGGAAACAUUGCAAGAUGAAUAUGAAAAAUUGAUGAAAGAAAUCGGCGAUUUGGAUGUGGAUAAAUUAAUUAAAGAAAAAAGAACGUUGGAAAGUAGUCGCGAUGAAAUUAGAAGCGAAUAUCAAACACUUCAAGGAAGAAUCUCAGAAUCGCUCGAUCGAAUUGCUCAAGCAAAGAAAGAAUGCAAUGAACCAAAAUAUAAAAAUGCAAAAAUUAAUUAUUUGAAAGAAUGUUACAUUCAAUCAACAUUGAAAGCUAUGCGAGAAGAUUUGCUUAAAUACAGAAAAGCUUUGGAGAAAUCGUUGAUGAAAUUCCAUGGGGAUAAAAUGAAGGAAAUUAAUCAGAGAAUUCGUGAUUUGUGGAACAAUAUCUAUAAAGGUAAUGAUAUCGACUACAUUGAAAUCAAAACUGAUGAAGACGAUUCAAAAGGAAGCGACAAAAAGCGAACUUACCAUUAUCGAGUCAUUCAAGCCAAGAACGGUGGAGGAGAAAUCGAUAUGAGAGGUCGAUGUUCAGCUGGUCAGAAAGUUUUAGCUUCUCUCAUCAUUCGAAUGGCUUUAGCUGAUACUUUCAGUGCAAAUUGCGGUGUUUUAGCACUCGAUGAACCAACAACUAACUUAGAUGUCAAUAACAUUCAAGCACUUUGCACAGCACUUGUCAACAUCGUCGAGGAACGCGAGAAAACUGGUCAAUUUAUGCUUGUCGUUAUUACACACGACGAAGAUUUUGUUCAAACAUUGCAACGUGUUGAUCAUUACUACAAAUUAUCUCGCGAUGGCAAAGGACGAUCACGCAUUGAAAAGAUGACCAAUAAAUAA